AUGGAUAAAUGUGGAAUCUGCCUAAAGCCUACAGUUACAUUAUUUGAGACAGGCAAAGAUGGUGUAUAUGCUUGUUUUAAAUGCCAGCCUUUGGUACCAGAAGUAACAUUAGAUGAUGCUAAUCCAGAAAGUUCAGAUCAACAGCCACAGUCUCCUGUGAAAGAAGAGGAAAGUGAAGGAAAUCUAUACUGUGGUAUUUGCAAUAAAACAUUCCACAAAAGCAUGCAGCUGCAGAACCACAUGCGCAAUCACCGUGCUGAAAGGAGAUUUGUAUGCACCUAUUGCAAUAAAGCAUUUUCUCAAUCGAACAAUCUCCGCGCACAUCUUCGUAUUCAUACAAACGAGCGACCAUAUAAAUGUCAAGAGUGUGGGAAGGCUUUUACUCAGGUCACAAAUUUAAACAAUCAUGUCCGUCUUCACACUGGAGAGAGGCCUUUUGUUUGUCCAGAGCCUGGUUGUGAUAAAGCAUAUGCUCAGGUGACAAAUCUAAACCAGCACCGCAAGCGGCACAUGACGGGGCGGCCCGUGGAGCAGAGCUACGACUGCACGGUGUGUGGUGAGCGCUUCACGCAGCGCAACCACAUGUACAUGCACAGACGAGAGGCCCACGACGUGAAGUCCCCGGUGCGAGGCGUGGGGCGCGCGGCGCUCGCAGCGCACGCGGACUCGAAGGACGAGGAGGAUAGCAAGUGGGGCGUGUCGUGCGUGUUCUCGUCGUGCGGCGCGCGGCUGUCGUCGGCGCGCGAGCACACGGAGCACCUGCUGCGCGCGCACCAGCUGCGCGUGCUGGCGCAGCAGCGCCGACACGCGCCCUCGCGCCGCGGCCGCCCGCCGAAGAUCAUAAAAGACCCCCUCGAACUCUCCAACUCAGACUAUGAUGAAGUAAAAAUCAUUAAAGAAGAGCCACAGUACUUGCCCAAACUAAAAGUGCAGAGUUUGUUUCAG